UUUGUUCAAACCCAGACAGUCGGAGCUUCACAGAGGUGCGUUGCUUACACGUUACUCCAAAAAUGUCUUCAUAGCAGCAACAUGGCGUGUACUCGGCUCGUUCAACUCGUCGUACUUUUAUCCCCCGCUUCGUGUUUUGGGCGCCAAAUUGUUGUCUUUUAAAACUUACACUGUAGUGGCGUGAAGUUGUUCAAACGGGGACAUCAAGGUGUCGACGCAACUGGAAGCUUGUCCUCGCGGGAGGAAGAGGAGGAUUCUCCUUUGAAGGCACGUCUCUGGACUGGAGUACAGCUGCGACCAUGCGCUGUCACUAGACAUCUUACUGUUUUCUCAGACCGAGAGGAGAGAGUGAGCUGAUGCUGCCUUUCUUCAUCCUCCUUCUCCUCUUUGCUGGACAUCUAUGGGAGAGGGUGUCCUGUUCGCUCCCACGCAGCUCUUGUUGGAGUUACUCGCGCCUCAGACUCCACCGUGAAUGCUGAAUUCACAGACCGGAUAAUAGAGAGCGACUCACGUAACCUCAUUUGAAUGCCUUUGCAAGGAGUUUGGUGCUUUCUGUGCUGCAGGCAGGGCUUCAGUUUGCUCGGACGGGACUAUGGGGAGAAAGAGGAGGAAGAGUCUUUUGAAUUGCGCAACAAGGAGGACUCGACUCCCAACGGACGGAGUCCAGCUGAGGUGACUGUUUCACAACCAACUCGCACAGCCAAUGGAACAAAUGGACACACUGUGUCAGAGGGACAUGAAGAGAUGAAGACCCUGAUCUUUGACAAGAAUAAAAUGGGCCUGGAGGAGGAACCUGAAGUGCUGGUCAAAGGUUGGCUGUUGCGCGAGGUGCGGGGAAACUGGAUUAAGCAGCGGCGAUACUGGUUUGUGCUGAGCCAGGACUCACUGGAUUAUUACAGUGGACCAGAGAAAGGAGCCCGCAGACUCGGCACAAUGGUCCUCACCAACCUCUGCUCCGUCAUCUGGCCCGACAAGCAGACAUACAAGGAAACAGGCUACUGGAGCAUCACAGUAUAUGGGCGGAAGCACUGCUACAGGCUAUACACCAAGCACUUCAACGAAGCUGUGCACUGGGCGUGUGCCAUCCAGAAGAUCAUUGAUACCAAAGCACCAGUGGAAACGCCAACGCAGCUCCUGAUCAGAGACAUCGAGGAGAACAAGUUCAACCCUGAGGUGGUGGAGCACAUCUACCAGCACAACCCCAUCCUGAAGUACACCCAGGGCCCCCUGUACGCGCCACUGCUUCCCUUCCCCUACGGCAGCCUGGAGCACACGUACCACAGUGGGAAAGGCUAUGGUUCAGUGCGCGAGGAGGCAGUGAAGCUCUUCAACUGCCUGCAGCAGCUGGAGUCGGCACAGGAGCCGAUUCCCAUUAUCCAGGGCGUGCUGCAGACCUGCCUAGACCUGCGGCCCCUACGUGACGAGGUCUACUGCCAGCUGGUGAAGCAAACAAGCUACACGCCUGCCCCAUACACUGCCGCUCACCUCCGCUACUGGCAGCUACUCACCUGCAUGAGCUGCACCUUCCUGCCUGGGCCCACUGUGCUCAAGUACCUGCGAUUCCACCUCAAGAGGAUUCAGAGCCAAAGUCCAGAGUCUGAGAUGGAUAACUAUGCGUCAUUCAUCAGCGAGGCUUUGGAGAAGACUAAGUGUCGGGAGUGUGUGCCAUCCUGGGAAGAGAUCCAAAUGCUGAUGAGCAGACAGGAGAUGCUGUGCACUGUUCACUAUCCUGGCCCCGGAUCCUGCCAGCUCUACAUCAGCUCACACACAACUGCCAAUGAGGUGGUUCGAAGGAUACAGGAAAAGCUCGGCCUGCUCGAGAGCAAAAACACGUUUGCACUUUAUGAACAGAAUGGACUGUGGGAGCAGCCGGUUGCAGGCGGUGCUUUGAUCGCAGACAUCCUGACCAGCUUUUCCACCAAAGAGUCCGAGUCUAAAUCCCAAUGGAAACUGUGUUUCAAGCUCUACUGCCUGUUGGAUGCUGACAGCAUAUCAGUGGACAGCAUAGAGUACCUCCUCCUCUUUGAGCAGUGCCAUGAGAUGGUCGUGCGUGGCCAGCUGCCAGCCUGUGAAGAGGACCUCCAAGCCUUAGCCGCCCUGAGGCUUCAGUGCCUUAUGGGUGACUUCAGCACUCACUCUCCCUGCCCGCCACUGGAUGAGCUUUUCCCUGGCGACAUGCUUGAAACCCGGGUCCUCAUGUCCCUUUCCGCCCCACAAGCCUUGCCCCCCUGCCUGGUGGCGGCUCAGGAUUGCCUGGCGACUCAGCGCUUCCCCAAAGGCCUCCUCACGGGGACGCUGUGGAGCCACACGGCUACAGCAGCGCACAAGCAAAAAGUGCAGCAGGACAUGUGUCUGCGGAGCCGACUCAAGGAGGAGGCAGCGGCCGUCAUGGGAACCAUUCUGGAGCGUUGGAAAGAUCUGGCUGGUUCCAGCCGCAGGGACAGUAUGGCCGCCUACCUCGCUAUUGCUCGCCAGUGGUCGGGCUUUGGUUGCACUCUUUAUGAAGUGGAUUUUUAUAUUAGUUCAACGGAGAGUUUUUCCCAGAAGCUGUGGCUGGGUGUAGCUGCUACAUCCGUGUCUCUAUAUCGGCAGGGAGAAGCAGAGGCCCUGGAGUCGUUUCCUUAUGGCCAGAUCUGCUCCUACGGCGUAUCCGACAGCAACAUCUUCAAGAUCACAGCAGAGGAUCGGGAUCUGCUUUUUAAAACCACCAAGCUGACUGAGAUCAUGCAGCUGAUGAACGCAUAUUUCAGUGCCAUCCGUCGCCAGCGAGGGAAAGGGGAAGACGUGGACAUCACCAAGGCAGAAAGCACAGAGGUGGGCUUCUGUCACUUGGCCUCCAUGCAGCCGCCGACCCUCCUGGAGUUGCCCUCGCACCCCGUUUGAUCGGGGACCCGUACCCGCACACAACCUCACCCCCCUCCACCCCAACUCCCACCGUCCUCCUCCUCCUCCUACACGUGGCCCCUAGGAGGCCCAGCCCCAGUGCUCAGGACCCCGCGCCUCCUCCGCUGGGAACAGUACGGCAGCCAAAACAAAGAGAGGGCUGUUUUCACUCCCCAUCCGUGAAAAUAAACCCUUGCUGAGCUUUCCAGCUGAAGGAGCUGGCCAAUGCAGGGAGGGAGGGUGAGAGGACGGGACAGCACGGGGGGGAAGGCGAAGGGUUCUGUUUUGCAAGUGAGGCCAGAAACCCACAGAAACCAGUGUGGUUGCUGAUGAGGUGUCGCACAACGCGUCCCCCCCCAUCACCCCCCACCCCUCCUGCCCACGCUGUCACGCAACCACCUCUGUUACCCUACAUGGCGACACCCUCCCACCCCACCUUGUCAACAAUGUGAGAUGUUGGUGUGCUACAUCAGGCAGAGUUCGCAACAGUUAUGAGGACUUUGUGGCAACAAUAAGCUGUGGUACUCCCCUGCACUCCCCCCCCCCCCCCCCAUGAAGGCUCCAAGUGGGAAAACACUCUCUUCUUACCCACUCUCUCAAAGUGUGCCAUAUUUGUAUUGCUUUUCCUAGAAGGCAGUCGUCGCUCAUGCACUGCUGGGAUCACGGCUCUCUCACUCUGUCACCCACACACACACACAAACCACACAAACUCACUUUCUCACGUGCCCUUAAGCUGACAUGUUCAUCAGAGACAGUUAGUUUUCAUAAGAUCCCGGCCCGGCUUGCGUUACCUGGAACUGUUGAUGCAGUGAGCCAUGUGAACUUGGAACUGGAAACAGAUGUGGGACUCCGUAAGCCAAGUCAUUUUGGCUGCCAGGCCCUUAUAGACUCUUACCAAUGAGAUUUUUUUUUCCCUUUUAUUUUUUUUUGUGGUUGUGUUUAUAUUUGUGUGUGUGUGUGUGUGUGCAUCGUCUUCAUCAUGUGUCUGUUUGAUCAAGAAAAAAAAAACCAUUUCCUGGAUGACACAUUUGGGAUCUGGGUGAACAGAAACCAAAGGAUUUUUUUGGAGGAUUUUUGGUUUGUACGUCGUUUCCACCAAACGCUCUGAUGUGUCCUUUGUUGUGCUGCUUGUCUUGGCCGUAAAUCCUCGACAUGAAAACUUGGUUAACACUUGACUGAUUGGAUACUUUUUUGCCUCUGUCGGUUUCUAUUCUAAUGCAGCGCAAACUCAGCAGGUGCUUGCUUUUGUUUCUUAUUUUCACAAUGUACAGUAUAUAUGAUUGAUAAAAUUGAACCUAAACCACACAUACUGUAAACCCCCCCCCGCCCCCCCCGUUAAUACUGUGGAUCAUUCAACAUCUGGCCCCUGUUAUUUAAACAGAAAACCUUUCUAAUCAGACCAUAAAUGCUUCUUUUUUUUAAAAAAAUAUUAUUAUAAUUUAUGUGCUUUUGUCUUAGUUUUCCCCGUUCCUUUACGUCUUAAAUAGAAUUCUUAGGUGCAUCCUGACAUUAGGUGUAACUGGUGAGAGCCAUGGUUGAGUUCAGAUAUGGAAAUCCUGUGUAGCUCCUUUUGUGUUCACUGUGUAGCAUUUUUGUGAAGCCAAAGUUUUUGCCAUGUUAUGGGUUUGAGCGUGGACCAAAGAUGUUUUUAAUAAGCUUUUUAUAAGUAGUAUUUAUCCUAAACGCAGACAAAUCCCCCUGAUUAACGUUCCGUUACACUAGAGGUUCUUUAAAUAGGAAACACUGUUGUAUACACCCCCUUCACUUUUCUCUUAUAGUAGUUUGUAAUAUGCAAAAGAAUUCUUUUUUUUUACAGUACUGUCUGCUACACAAACCCGUUCGGUCUCAAAACUCAAGAUUCGUCAGUGUGGACGGCCUCGAUGAGUCACGGCGCUAUCUUAGCUUUGUUUUUUUACUGCAGCUGCAGGCAGCUCUGAGCUCCAUUAUGAACGGAAGAAAAAAGAAAAAAAAGAAAAAAUCAAAACUGCGUUAUUUCGCCGCUUUGUAUUAUGCUCGUUUUUAUGCUGCACGGUACAUUUUUAUGUUAUGUGUGUGUAUAGUUACUUGCACUAUUGUGUUUUCUAACCAACUUGGAAGUGCAAUAAAAACUAUAAAUACUGUAUGUAAUUAAUAAAAAAAAGACACCAUUUUACCACA